AUGUGGAAACACCUCUCCUUCUUCUAUCGUUUGUACAGGAUCGAGGGCGGAUUCUCUCAGGUCCUGCUCCCGAAGGCCCUGAUUAGAUUCGAGAUCGUAGAGAUCACAGACGAUAUUUACAAGGGACCACUAGUGUCCGUCUUCGAUGUCCCCCAGCGAAUCUUGAGGCUGGUAGAGAAUGAGACUCCAACCAGUGUACCGGCUGGUCAUGAUCCUCGUAGGGACAUACGGGAGCUGCGACGCGCUUCUGUCUACAGGGACCUUGCCCAAGCAGACUCGCUCAAGGGAUUGAGGUUCGUGGUUGGAUGGGAUACCACUCUGAUUUCGAUAGUCGUUCUGCUGCCGACUAUCAUUAGUAUUGCCACUGCCGUGGCCUGGCCCAUUGUUGCGGUUCUGAAGUAUGAGGCAGAUGUGCAGACAAGCGUUCAGACUGGGGUGACUGUGGGCAGCUUUAUCGUCACGGCCGGAGCUCUUUUGAUAGGUCUGGUCACACUCUUUGACGCUCUUGCUAAGUGA